UGGACGUGGCCGGAAGUGGUAUUUCAACUAUGGCUGACACCGACAAACUUGCCAGUGAAGUCAAAACUAUGACCCUGCAAAAUGGCGAAAACACUUCCCCUGAUAAAUCGAGUGAUGAUUUUAUAAGUCAAUGGGGAUUUCCACUGCCUGACCUAUAUAAGCUUGCCUUAAGAUUUUACAAAGGUACAACGAAUGGCAGCGAAAAAGAUGGAAAGGCUAUACAUUUAACUUACAAAGAAAAGCUGAGAUUAGUAGCAUAUACAAAGCAAGCAGCCCAUGGGAAAUAUCGUAAUGAUGUAUCUCCAGAUGUUGGAUUCCUAGAUGUUGUAGGCAAUGAUAGGAGGCAAGCAUGGCAGUCUUUAGGAGAUAUGUCCAAAGAAAGUGCUAUGGUGGAGUUCAUAAAACUGGUAGAUAGUCAGUGUGGCCUACUACGACCCUACAUAGAGGCACAUAAAGCAGAAAAUAUGGAAAAAAUUAAAAAGCAAAAAGAAGCAGAAGAACAAAGAAGAAGGGAGGAAGAGGAAAAAGAAAGAAAAAGAUUGGAGGAAGAAGCUCAGAGGCAGUUAGAAAUGGAAAGAAAAAGACAAAUGGAACAAGAAAUGCAGAUAAGAACAGCUUUAAAUCAGCAGACGGCAGUACAGUUCAGUCAAUAUGCUUCUCAACAAUCUCCAGGAAAUAAACAACAGCAAGAGGAAUUGAUUCGACAGUUACAAGAACAGCAUUUCCAACAAUACAUGCAACAAGUUUAUCAACAACAGUUACUCCACCAACAACAGCAGUACCAACAGUUACAACAGAACAUGUCUUCUGUUGCUCCAACAACAACAACUAACAACAAUCCUAAUGUAACAACAGUUAUAACGAAAACAGAAACAAAAGAAAUAACACAAGCACAACAGCAACAAAUGCAACAACAACAACAACAGCCUAAUGGUCCUACAUCAGUCCCAACGGAACAACCAGACACAAAUGGCAACAAAGAAGAUUUUCCAACUCCGAUGCCAGUUUUAAUGCCUGCAUCAAUCUGGACUCGCAAAGAUAUUAAAGCCUUUAAAGACAGUGUAAAAACUAGUAAAGAGAAUGUAAUAAAGAUAGCAUCAUUGGCUACUGCCACAGUACGAGUACCAACACAUGAAGAUGGGUCAUGUUUAUUCUGGGAAUUUUCCACAGACUACUAUGAUAUAGGGUUUGGUGUAUACUUUGAGUGGACUGUAGAACCCAGUAAUGCAGUCACAGUACAUGUUAGUGAAUCUAGUGAUGAAGAAGAUUUAGAAGAAGAACAACAAGAAAAUAAAGUUGAUGUGGAGCAGGGGAGUAAGCAAGACAAUCGACCACCAACAGAUGAAAUUAUACCUGUAUAUCGGAGAGACUGUCAUGAAGAGGUGUAUUGUGGGAGUCAUGCGUACCCUGGGCAGGGCGUGUAUCUACUUAAAUUUGACAAUUCUUACUCAUUAUGGCGAUCUAAGACCUUAUACUACAGAGUUUACUACAGUAGAUAGUUUGUGUUUAUGUUAUGACGUUAUGUAAACUGUUAUUGUGUCAGUUGUAAGGCUUUUAAUAUUAUUUUAAAUAUUUGUUAAGCCAAAACUGAUUUAUCGUUAAAUGGAAGAGAGACCUGUAAACUUACACAAUUCAGAUAAGUUUUGUGAACUAUUUUAAAUGUCCCUUACAAGCUUUAAUGGGUUGAUCUUAGAAAUCAUUUAUUUUAUUGUAUGACAUAUAUCAAGCAUUUAGAUAAGCCUCUGAAACCAUGGUCUUAUAACUGUUCAAAAGAUUGCAUAAUACCUCAUGAUGCACUGUUGGUAUACAUGCUACUUGAUUUAAAUUUCAGUACAAUAGAUUUAUUGAAUCACUAAUGUGUUCUUUUGGAUGUAUUUGCCUUCGAAUAUAUUGUAAACAUCAAAUAUUGAUAGAUACUGUAAACCAGCGAUUUAUUUUCACAACUUUCCAGAGAAAAAAAAAAUUGUUGAUUUAUAUUAUUGGGAAUAUGUGAAACUUGGAUCUACCCUUAUAUAAAUAUAUCAAGAUAAAUGAGACGAUUGUGAAAAUAAAUUGCUGUGAAGUUGGCUAGAAAUAACUUAACACUAAAUUAAGUAUGGACAAAUAUUAGUUGCUUUUCAGUAAAUACAAAAAUAUUUCCAAAGUUUUUAACUUUUUAUCAUUAUAUCAUUUCAUUUUUUGUUUCAAUAACUGUCGUGUAAAUACUCCUUUUCUGAUUUGAAAACUCACAUUAAGGAACUGUUUACUAUUCUGAAAGUCACUGCAAAGAAAGAAGCAACAUACAUUUAACUUUCAUCCUGUACUAGAACACACCCGCGAAAUCGUGGGCAUUUAAAGCUAGUUGAAGUAAGUAAACUGUUGGAGGAUGAAUUUUUUUAAAAGAUUUUAUGACUGGAGAAUUUCAGGAAAGGUAUCAAAAGUAUCCUGUAUAUGCUUGAAAUAUUUAAAUAUUUGCCACUGGAUAUUAUGCUAAAAACAAUCAAUAAAUCCCUUUUAAUUGGUGAUAAUUUUUUAUAAAGUCUUUUGUUGAUAAUAUUUAUAAUAUCGUACUAACAAUGUAAACAUAAAAUUUUAAUGAAAUCUUUACACCUAAUACAUAGGGACAUAUCUCUAAAAUUAACAGAAAAUCAUUUUGCAAAAAUGUUUAAUAUUUAAAAAUAUGAAUUGAAAAUUUGGUGUAUGAAAUUUGAUAACUGUAUAAAUAAUACACAUUCAAACAAAGAAAUGUAUAGAAAAUAUUGCCUAUCCAAUCCCUUUUUUUCAGUUUUUUUGUAUGCAUAUUUUGAGAAAGUAUAUAUGUAUUAAGAAUCUAACAUUUACAUAUCCUUUUUGGUUAUAAUGAUUUUAAAGUAAUUUAUAUAUUUCAUAUUAACAUAAAGUAAAAGUUCUAUAUGACAAAUGAGCCAUUUUUGUGCCGAUUUUAUUUAUCUUUUUGAAGGGAUAAAUGAAUAACAUAGAUACACUCACUAGUUGGUUAUGAAAAUGUCUUCUUUUUGUGCAUUUUUGAGGUCUGUAUGUGGUGUACAGAAGAGAGAAUUAUGGGUCAUAAAGAUGAAGAAUAGACAAAAAUAGACAAAACAAAUAAAGAAUAGAGAAUAAUUAGGGUGCUUAAAUAGAAAGAAAAGAAAAAAAAUGACUUGAAAAAUUAAAGAAUGCAGAAAUAAAGAGGGCCCCAUCCGGACCCUCAUUUAUGUUUGGAAUUGUUUUUCUCUGUUAGUUCAUACAUAACAUUCAGUUAUAUUAUGUAAAAUUUCUUUAAUUGAUUAAUUUAACUAAACAAUACAUUCAUUUUUUAUAUGAAGUUAUAAAAUACAUGCACAUGAAGCUUCAACUAUUGUAUUUUGAGACACAAAAACACCAUAUAUUUAACAUUCUUCAUAAAAAGAGAGUUUACUUAACAUGAUUGUCCUAAUUUAUAGAUUCUUUCAAUCAACGGUAGACUUUUCAUGUACUCAUAAUUUUGAUUAUCCCCCUUUGUGUGGGUAUAUGAAUAUUGAAUAUAAAUAAUAAAUCUGUUCGGGUAUUGUUUGUAAACAUAACUCAUUCAGUGUUAACCUAGAGCAAGAAUAAAAUAUAUUUUAGAUAAAGCUUUUCAUUUGUUUACCUUUCCCUUGCUAACAUUAUCAUGAAGAGCAAAUGUAGUCGUAGAUGUUGCAUAUUUGUGGAAUAAAAUAAAAUUUUGGAAUAACUCACUAUUGUUGCAUGCCAAUCAAAAUUAAAAAAUCUUAUGAAACUUCUUUGUAAGGUAAUAAUUAGCAGAUUAAUGGACUUUUCUAUAAUUCUUGAAUAUAAACCAUACAUUUUAAUCUUUCUCCAAAUUGAGUUUGUUGUUGACAGAAAAAGGUAACCUGUUUUAGCAUGAAAUGUUGUCUUGUUUUAAAUUUCCAUUUUAUUGACAAUUGCUUAAAAAAAUUAGAAAAUUGCAUAAAUCAUACUGUCAGUUAAAAUUUUCAUUAAUAAUGGCUGCUGAUUUUGUAGUAAUCAUAUAUUUAUUGGCAAUGUAUUGGAAUUAAAAAAUAGGAAUCAUUAUCCAUAUUUUCUAGUGGUAUAGGUUUUAACUGGAUUUUUCCACUUUUUUGCCUACAGUCCUAACAUAAAAAAAAAUGUUCAAUAACAAAAAAGUAAAAAGAAAAUCCUGGAGCUAAUUUUUCCAAAAUAUUUUUUAGGCGAAAAAGUUGUUCAAGCUUGCUUUUCAUUAAUCCAAAAAGUAAAGUAAACUGAAGGAGCCUUACCAUAUUAAUUAUGCAUGCUGAAAGGGAGACUUAAUUUUUGUAAUAAUGGUUGUAAAGACUUUUGUUUGUAUUGUAUUAUUUCUGUGUGAUAUUUGAAUAUUGUCAGUAAUACUACAAAAAUUAAGAAUUCAUAUUGAAUAAAUAAGUUAAUAUUUGAAAUAUAUAUUCCCAUAUUUCUUACAUAUUUGAUAAGGAUUGUAACAAAAUGUUGAAGAGGUAAACUUCAUUCAAUAAUAUGUUAAAGGUGGGUAUUUUUGUGGGUUGAUAUUUAUGUGAUUUUAAUGUAUAAACCUAUGGUCGGGUUAUAUUUGCUCAUCCACCAAUAAGUUUCAUACCAAUAUUGUGUUAAACUAUUUGCACAGGUGGUAUUAUGCCACAUUAUACAUAAUUGCAAGAUAAGCGAAAAUAAACCCAGCACAAAAAUUUUGUCAUGCACUAACUGUAAGUCAUUCCUGUAUAAAGAAGAGUUUAUGUAUUGUGUGUGUUUUUACCAUCUUGCCAACUUUAAUGGAUUUAUGAAUUAUAUAAGCAGAGUAUUUGUGACAUAAAUGUGCAUUCAUCUUUAGUUAGAGGAGUUUUUACGAUACAUUUUGAGUCAUACAAUGAUUUAAAGUUGAGUCUAGCUGUUACUUAUUUUUUUUUUUUCACUUCUUUUGUAAAUGUUAUAUUUAUAUUGUAUAUUUUCUUUAUUAUUUAUUACCUUACGUAAUACUGUGCAAAUCCAUGGAAUAUUUUUACCACUCUGAUCACCACAUUAUUUCCCAUACUUUGUAUGAUGUAUAGAGGGACAGAUUUAGGUUACGAUAACAAUAGACUGUGAUUGGCUUCUGUUAUGUAUAAAUAUGGAAUAUUCAACUGUGGUCUUUGUUGGUUAAUAAAUUGUGAUAUACCAUG